UUCCUCUUUUCACCCGACUCUCUCCUCUCUUCCUCUUCUCUUCCUCGAGGAAUUUUCUGAUUUCUCGCUCUCUUCUUCUGCUCGAAAGAUUCGUCGUCUCGAUGAAAUUUCCACCGAUAAUCGAGGAAGAGGAAACAUAUGUGGCGAUGCAAGAGACGAGUGCGGAGGACGAACACGAGCCUGCACCUGUAAACGAAGAGAGAACCAUUGUUCUAUUCAUGCCUCUCCAUUAUCAUCAGCCUCCUUCUGGGCAACUCUAUGUUGAUAGAGACUUGAUCUCUGGCUUUAACAACCGUGCUCACGCCGUUGGUGUGGACUUAGUGACUUUUGAUGAAGCUCUUGGAACCGCUGACUUCAUUUCUUUACACAUGCCUCUUACACCCACGACAUCGAAGAUGCUCAACGACGAAACUUUCAGAAAGAUGAAAAAAAGAGUUCGGGUAGUGAACGUUGCUCGUGGAGGUGUCAUCGAUGAGGACAGUGAGAGCUUUAGAUUCUGGUAUCGUUGCUCAGGCUGCUCUUGAUGUUUUCACUAAAGAACCGCCGGCUAAAGACAGCAAGCUGGUGCAGCACGAGAGGGUUACGGUCACACCUCAUCUUGGUGCAAGUACCAUGGAGGCUCAGCUUUGGUCCUGCGUUUGUAUCAACAAUUUAACUGACGUGUUUUGUUAUGUGAAUUACUAUGUUCGACAGUGACAAGAAGGAGUUGCUAGCAAUGCCUUCUCUUGUUGAUAUUAGUGUACCUAGUGGCAAGCAUUUCACGGUCUGUAGUGAUGUUCAUGGUCAGGUAGGCUUUGGUUUCACUCACUCUCCCCACAUUACUUUUUAUCUCAAGUAAUUCUGAGAGGCUUGAGUUUUCUUCUUUAUACAUGCUUGAGGUUGCAAUAAACCCGGCACAUACUAACCGAGUCCCUAGCUGGUUGGUUCAAUGAUUUCUUGAACAUAAUCUUCUUGUCUUCACCAAUGGUGGCGAUGAAGAUUGCAGUGUUCUUGGACAACACUUUGGAUUAUAAAGACAGCACCAUUAUAAAGACUACAAUCUUCCUUUCAACCUAAACCAUUUCUUCCCUCCUUCAUAAGUUUUAAAUUUUAUGUAAUAAAUUGUAAUCUUGGUUUAUA